AUUCACUCCUUUAACAAAGGCAGAUAUUCAUAUUUCAUGAAUAUGGACACAGAAAAAUAAAUGUUGACUAUGGAAAUGUUUAUGAAAUGGUAUCAUUCAUCUAAAAGCAAAAUACAGCUUUCAGGAUGCCCCACUGGGAAUUUUCUCUCUCUUCAACCCUGGCUGACAAAGAGGCUGACUUCAAUGGCUUUAAAUCCAAGUAACAAAUGAAGGAAAGAUGACAUCCAACAACCUACAUGGAUGGCAGAAAAUGACCUCAGAAGCCAGAAAUAUCUCCCACACCAUGAGUGACUUCAUCCUCUUGGGCUUCUCUUACCCCUGGGAAAUACAGAUUUUCCUCUUUUUCACAUUCUUUGUGACUUACAUCCUUACUCUCCUUGGAAACCUGGCCAUCAUGUGUGCAGUGUGCUGGGACCAUCGGCUCCACACCCCCAUGUACAUUCUGCUGGCCAACUUCUCCUUCCUGGAGAUAUGCUAUGUCAACUCUGAUGUGCCCAACAUGCUGGCUAACUUGCUCUCCAAAAACAAAACCAUUUCGUUUGCUCGAUGCCUCCUCCAGUUGUACUUCUUCUUCUCCCUGGGCACAACUGAAUGCCUAUUUCUCUCCAUCAUGGCCUAUGACCGGUUCCUGGCAAUCUGCCGCCCCCUACACUAUCCUACUGUCAUGACUACUAAGUUUUGUAGCAGCCUGAUCAUCUUUUGCUGGGUGUAUGGUUUUAUCUGGUUUCUGAUCCCAGUUAUAUGCAUCACCCAGCUGCCAUUUUGUGGCCCAAAUGUGAUUGAUGACUUUCUAUGUGACCUCAGUCCCCUUCUGGCCCUGGCAUCAGCCUGUGUCCCAAUCCCAGGGACUGUUCUUGUAUGUGGCACCAUGAGUUCCCUCCUCAUCUUUGCAACCUUUUUCUACAUUAUUGGCUCCUAUACCCUGGUGCUGAGGGCUGUGAUGCAGGUACCCUCUGUUGCUGGCCAGAAGAAGGCCCUCUCCACCUGCUCCUCACACCUGACUGUCGUGUUUUUAUUUUAUGGCUCAAUCAUGAUGACAUAUGUGAGCCCAGGGUCAGGACAAGCAGAAAGCAUGCAGAAGUUCACAACUCUAUUCUACUCAGUUUUGACCCCUUUGUUCAACCCCAUGAUCUACGGCCUCCGAAAUAAAGAAAUGAAGGAUGCCUUGAAGAAAGUUCUAGGAGGCUCCUAAAACUGGUCUGUGAUGUUAUCAGUGAAGCCUUUCCCCUGGCAAAAUUAAUUGCCUCUUCCAUAGCACAUUACUUGCAUCUAUUUAAUAUGUAUUUUAUUCUUUCUUGUAAUAUACUUAGCUAUUUACAAAUGUGUCUUCACAUAUCUCCCAUCCUUAUUAGAUUUUAAGUUCAUUGAGAGUAGGAACUAGGCUUUAUUAAUUUCUGUAAUCCCAGAACCCAACACAGUACCUAGCAUAUAUGUUGAUAAUAUCAAUUUAAAUAAAACAAAUAUAUUUCUUCAUA